AUGGCGUCGAUGCAGAAAAGGUUACAGAAAGAGCUGUUGGCAUUACAGAAUGAUCCGCCUCCUGGGAUGACCCUGAAUGAGAGAAGCGUCCAGAACACAAUUACAGAAUGGUUUAUUGAUAUGGAGGGGGCCCCUGGUACUCUAUACGAAGGAGAGAAAUUUCAGCUCUUCUUCAAAUUCACCAGUCGAUAUCCUUUUGAUUCACCUCAGGUCAUGUUCACUGGUGACAAUAUACCUGUCCAUCCUCAUGUCUAUAGUAACGGUCACAUAUGUCUGUCCAUUCUCACUGAGGACUGGUCUCCUGCUCUGUCCGUACAGUCUGUCUGUCUAAGCAUCAUCAGCAUGCUGUCCAGCUGCAAAGAAAAGCGACGUCCGCCAGACAACUCCUUUUACGUUAGAACUUGCAAUAAAAACCCAAAGAAAACAAAAUGGUGGUAUCACGACGAUUCCUGUUAAUACUGUCUGGAAUUUUGACUUUGUGAAUGAGAAGAAACCCAUGGAGAGGAUGUAGACACUGUUUCAGUGCCCAGUCUGUGGGGGUACGUUCUCCGUUAACAGGCCUGCGCGACCACGUCGGGGAGAUAGGCGCGUUAAGCGUGCACUUCAGCUGGCUGAAACAAAAAAAAAACACAUAUUUAACACUACGAGAAUGUAAGGAACCGAAGACGGAUUGUUUUAAGGCAAGCUCGAGCUGUGUGU